AUUCGACAACGUAUGCUGCUGUUCUUUGGGGUGGGCUGCUGCUCAGCCAUGGGGCGCCAACCGCGGGAUUUGGCCGUGCUUCGAGAGAAAGACCAAGGCCUUGCGAUCUUACAGACCACUCGGGUUGGAUGCAAAUCUCCCCCCUCGACUCGCCGGGCGCCACGUUGUUCUGGGCUACACCCGUUCGGGUCCUGUUUUACCCAUCACGCCGAGAACAGCAAAGUACCUGUUCGCCCAACACCCUCCAUUACGAUUUGACGAUGGGCUAUACUUCCUGGGGUUUCGCGGUUCAGUCGGUUAUCGUGCUGCAGAGAACGAGCCAGCCGAAGCCCAUCUCAUCGAUGAUUGUUCGGUUGUCGCCUGAAUGCAGUUUGCUCGCGACAAACGGGCAUUUCUGGCAAAUUUGCACGCAGAAUUCUCUUUUCUGGAAAACCGUGCAUGAGGAGAAACUCCGAAGAGGUCACCUCAAAGAUCUCCGCCCGUUGGAACGCUGCGGGUACCGGACGGAAGGUUUCCAAGGUUCAGUCACUCUCGAUUCAGGUCCCGAACGCCGCGUAGUUUCCAGAGUACGUAGAGUAAAACGCAUGUUCCAAGUUCUAUCACUAACCUUCCCAUUACGGAGCACUUUCCCCCCCUUUGAGGGAUCUGCACCCGUGCUCGAGUCCCUCAAGUUCAUCAAUAAUGGAAACUUCGAAGUUCGAACCCGUGUACACCGUAGAUUAGGUGGUGUGGACCGUCGGGAAAGGAUCGGAGAUUGGCCUCACGUGGGUACAGUCACGUGAGACCCGUUGUGCUUGCUUGAAACACCGAAUUCUACCAGACUCCCACUCUCCCAGCGGCCCACAUGGGAUCCCAAAUUACAUCUUCAUUCCAUCCCCGGGGCAUGGCCGGAAGACGUUCGGAAGACGGCACCGUUAUUAGCCUCCAGUCUUUAGACUUUAUCGAAUAAUCGAAACUCAUCAAUCUUGGUGCUAGCGGAUUCUUGUGUCGAUCAGCUCAUGUGACUAAAUGGGACCCUGACUAAUCGACAGCGACUGUCGGCGAAACACCGGCAGCGCCAAUUGUCGUCAUAUAUUGU